CUUUCCCCUUCUCUCUCUACUCGCUGCGCCCACAAACCCAUACCACCAAUCAGAAUUCGACAACUUGACUUCUCCCAUUUUUCACUCUCCAUCUCUCUCUCUACUUUGUUCCUGUUCCAUAGAUCGCUCAGUCUCACAAUCCCCCUUCUGCGUUCACUCCUUUCUCGCUCUUCUCCUCUUCUCUCUAGCUUUAACUCCAAAAGCUGCAAACCCAGCAAAAGAAAACAUCAACUUUCCCCUCUGCAGCUCAGCUAUGCAAAAAGCACUCUCCUUUUUCCACUUUCCUUAAUUGGGUUCUUGCUUUCUUUUCUGGGUUUUUGUUAUAAUCGUCUGAAGUUUUCAUUUCUCUCUGCCAGCGUCCAUCUUUCUUGGAAACUUGAUCUGGGUUUUACUCCUUUCGAUGUAUUUCUGAAUUGGCUGUCUAGGGUUUAUCUUUGGCAAUCCAAGAUCUAAUAUUUUCGAACUUGCUUAUUGGAUUUCCCCUUGGGUUUUGUAAAGGUUGGGUAUUUUUCAGAUUCCACAACCCGUGCUUGCGUUAAAUCCCUCCGAGAUUCCUUUCCAAAUACUACGCCUUCAUUAAAGCCUAUUUGGUCACAGGGACCUCCACUUCUCUGCAUUUCCUAUCUGGGUUUUCUCUCUCUUUGAGCUUUCAAAGAGAGAGAGGAGAGAGAAACACUCAUUGGCAUACUUGCUAUGUGAUUCAAUUGUUGCCCAGAUCGGCCAAACUAUUUGAAAAAAACCAUGUUCCGAGGAAUGGAAAUUUUCUCUCCAAAUCUGCAAAACUCCAAUUGGUUGUUUCAAGAGAGCAAGGGAGCCGAUUGGACUGCAGAAGAGAACAAGCUAUUCGAAAAUGCUCUCGCUUUAUACGAUAAGGACACGCCCGAGCGGUGGCUCAGUGUGGCGGCUAUGAUCCCCGGAAAGACUGUUGGAGAUGUCAUCAAACAGUACAAGGAAUUAGAAGAAGAUAUCAGUGAUAUCGAAGCUGGGCUUAUCCCAAUUCCUGGUUACACUAGUAACAAUUUCACAUUGGAGUGGGUUAACAACCACGGAUUUGACGGGUUGAAGCAGUUUUACAGUGUUGGUGGAAAGCGAGGCGCCUCGACUAGGCCCGCUGAUCAGGAGAGAAAGAAAGGAGUGCCAUGGACAGAAGAAGAACAUAGGCAAUUUCUGAUGGGCCUUAAAAAGUAUGGAAAAGGUGACUGGAGAAACAUCUCUCGAAAUUUUGUGACCACAAGGACGCCCACUCAGGUUGCUAGUCAUGCACAAAAGUACUUUAUCAGGCAACUCACAGGCGGGAAGGACAAGAGAAGAUCUAGCAUCCAUGAUAUCACAACAGUCAAUCUCCCCGACGUGAAACCGGCCUCACCUGACAAUACUAAGAGCCCGCCAUCAUCGGCUCAUUCCUCAACCGUGGUGCAGCAGCCACACCAGCAUCAGAAGUUGACUGGCACGAGCAUUGACUGGAAAUCACCCGACGAGGGACAGCAUUUGGUUGGUUCUGCAAAUGGGAACAACAAUUUCAUGGGACCGUUUUGUGGGAUAUCUACACACGUACCUAAGCUUGAGGAGCAAAGUUUUCUGAGUGGCAGUCUUCAUGGAUCUCAGUUUGGACAUUACAAUGCGAGGUUUGAGAUGCAAUCAAUGCGAUAUCAGUGAACGUUCGUGCAUUAGUUCAAUGUUUUGGAGUGGGAGGAGGAUGCGUUACUCGAUCUAUGGUGGACAAAAGUUAAUGAGGACUUUGAGUUAGUCCCUAGCUCUACAAAAAGAUCAGUUAGUUCAUCUUCGUAUUUACAUGAAGCUUUGAGCUUUAUGAUCACUUGUAAUGUUCUGGUUGUGUGCUUUGGGAGUUUUGAGUAAAUAGUCAGAAACGAGAGAGUAAUCUGGGAUUGAAAAUUUGCAUCUGUUUAUAUAUAUUCUAUAUCAAGUAUAAUUUUCUGCAAAAAGUGAUUUUAUGGUACAUUUC